UCGCGCUCUAUUGGUAUUCUGCUGUCGUCGCCGUUGGACUGUUAGAUCUCGUACCUUUGCCGGAUUUCUGGUCGCUCCGUCAUAGGUCCAAACACAGACUCGACAACCUGUGCGCCUGCUGAAGUUCCCGGGUUAUUCCCCGCCGAAGAUCACCUAAUUACCGAACCGAAGAACACGGAAGAGCGAUGGCCACGUCCGAACCCACCGCCAGCGGCGCGGACCCAGACCCUAACACCGCCAAUUUAAGACCCUCGUCCACAACCUACGAUCAGGCAUGGAUGCACGGGUGCACACGGAAACUGGGAAUGAAGAUCUGUGGGUUCUUGCAGAAGAACAACAGCCUGGACGACAAGGGGAGGCUCGCGGGCCAGAAGAACCUGCUCUCUUGCGGAGACAACAGCGACUCGCGCUUCCGCCGCACGGAGAGCGACUUCUCCAAUCUGUAUGCUCGAGACCUGCUUCCCGCCAAAAAUGGCGAGGAGCCAACCAUCCAGUUCCUGAUGGAGGUGGUCGAGAUCCUCACCAACUACGUCAGGAAGACGUUCGACCGCUCCACCAAGGUGCUGGACUUCCACCACCCACACCAGCUGCUGGAGGGCAUGGAGGGCUUCAACCUGGAGCUGUCCGACCAACCGGAGUCCUUGGAGCAGAUCCUGGUGGACUGCAGGGACACGCUCAAGUAUGGCGUCCGCACAGGUCACCCACGCUUCUUCAACCAGCUCUCCACCGGCCUGGACAUCAUCGGCCUGGCCGGGGAGUGGCUGACCUCCACGGCCAACACCAACAUGUUCACCUAUGAGAUUGCGCCGGUGUUUGUUCUGAUGGAGCAGCUGACCCUGAAGAAGAUGAGGGAGAUGGUGGGCUGGCCCAACGGCGAGGGGGACGGCCUGUUCUCCCCAGGGGGCGCCAUCUCCAACAUGUACAGCGUGAUGAUCGCACGCUACAAGUACUUCCCUGAGGUGAAGGCCAAGGGCAUGUCUGCAGCACCGCGCCUGGUCCUCUUCACCUCCGAACACAGCCACUACUCCAUCAAGAAGGCCGGCGCUGCCCUGGGUUUCGGCUCAGAGAACGUCAUCCUGCUCAGCACCGAUGAGAGGGGGAGAGUCAUUCCUGCAGACCUGGAGGCCAAGAUCAUUGACGCCAAACAGAAGGGCUGCGUGCCGCUGUUUGUGAAUGCCACGGGGGGCUCCACCGUGUACGGGGCCUUCGACCCCAUCAAUGAGAUCGCCGACAUCUGUGAGAAGUACAACCUAUGGCUGCACGUGGACGGGGCGUGGGGAGGAGGUCUGCUGAUGUCCAGAAAGCACCGCCACAAGCUCGACGGGAUCGAGAGGGCCAACUCUGUGACCUGGAACCCCCACAAGAUGAUGGGGGUCCCCCUGCAGUGCUCUGCCAUCCUGGUCCGGGAGAAGGGCGUCCUGGCCGGCUGUAACUCCAUGUGCGCCGGCUACCUGUUCCAGCCCGACAAGCAGUAUGACGUGACCUACGACACCGGGGACAUGGCCAUCCAGUGUGGGCGCCACGUGGACAUCUUCAAGUUCUGGCUCAUGUGGAAGGCCAAGGGUACGAUUGGGUUCGAGCAGCACAUUGACAAGUGCCUGGACCUGUCCCAGUAUCUGUACAACAAGAUCAAGGACCGCGAGGGCUACCAGAUGGUGUUCGAUGGAGUGCCCCAGCACACCAACGUGUGCUUCUGGUACCUCCCGCUCAGCCUGAGGGGCAUGCCCGAGGGAGCAGAGAGACGAGAGAAGCUCCAUAGGGUGGCCCCCAAGAUCAAGGCAUUGAUGAUGGAGUCGGGGACCACCAUGGUGGGCUACCAGCCCCAGGGUCAGAAAGUCAACUUCUUCCGCAUGGUCGUCUCCAACCCGGCCGCCACCCAAUCGGACAUCGACUUCCUCAUUGAUGAGAUUGAGAGGCUGGGCCAUGACCUGUAGACGCCAAACUGGCGCCACCCUGUUGGUCACCGGCUGAAACGACAACACUCUCUCACUAAUACCGUUUUAUGUCCAGCAUCUGCAGACCAUGAAGGUGAAACAAUCAUAGUGUUGCAGGUAGAACGAAAAAAUCCACAACAUCCAGACAAACAAAAGAUUCAUGUAUUUCGCUUGCAGCGUUUUCAUUGUUUUACUGACUUAUCGGAUCCUUGCAAUGAGAAGGACUUAACUCUUGUCACUGGCUCACUUCAGCUGAUAGGAAGACCACUGUACAACAGGGUACAGUCUGACCCCGCUAGAGUU